AUGGGGAGUAUCGGAGCUCUAGGUCCUGCUAGUCGAGAAGCGCCGAGGAGGAUUAGUGAGCUACCUUCUCCUCUGAGAAGACAGUUCUACCCACCGGUGGUCUUUCUAGACGUCCUCGAAAGGGCCGGCUCAUCGAACCAACGCAGCAUACGUUUGGAUUCCGACGUAUCGCUGGAAAGAUCUCUAGACCCCGAGCAGAUCUUCCGCGGAUUUGUCAAUCGGCUGGCGCUGAUUUGCCAGAAUGAACCCAGCGGAAACACCGUGACGGCGGCGGCAAUUUUACAGGAACCAGACAAGGUGCUGUCAUACCUGAGCUGUCUUGGGGAGCAUCUGAAGGACUGCAUCCAGGCAUUGAGGAACAGCGAGAAAGGUGGAAAGAGUACAGAAGGUGAUCGUCUUCUCAUACCUCUCCUUGAAAACUUGACGGUCUUGGCCUCGACUGCUCUGGAAAGGGCUAAGGCCAAUCUCGACUCUGAGGUAUCCAAAAACAAUUACCUCUCUGCCAUCAAGGCAGUAAUUGAAUCCAUUGAUGGAAUCUACUCCUCGAGUCAAGUCUUUUAUAGAAUCCGCCUCUGGCUUGUUAAUGAGGAGCGUCUCCACAACUCUGGAUGUUGGUACGAGGUCUGUCACGUCUCGGAACGGCUGAGUGCUUACAGAAAGGCGGCCGAGACAUUCCUGCUCGCACGGGAACUGUGGCCCAGCCUCUUUGACCAGUUUGAUGUUCAGUUCCUCGACUCUAUCCCGAAAGGCCCGUGUCCACUAUUGGGCGCCGCGAAGACUGCCCAGCAGUUUAUCCGAGUGCUCACCUCAGAUGAAGCAGCGCUGGCAAGAUCCAGAGACGAGGUGGAUAGACUCAACACUGUCGGAGACUUCGACGGCCAGCUUGAGGAAAAGUGGAACAGCAACAUCAAGCCUAUCGUUCAUGCAGAGAUUCAGCUGCACCACUGGCUUGAAAAUAACGGUGGGACUGCCCCUCAUCGGUUCUUCAACAUGUACACGUACAUCGGCUCAAGCAAGCCCACCUGCAAGCUGUGUGCGUACUACUUCGAUGAGCACCCCACCGAUGUCAAGGUUCGAACUUCACACGGGAAUGUCUAUUCGGCGUGGGCAUACCCGCCGGUCUACAUGGACCAAGGCGAAAGAGGCCAGAAAACUCGCCUAAGGGUGAUGCACAGCAUGAAAAAGAGAAUUGUGGCCGACAUCUUCCGUCUGUUGACGGAGAGGGUUGGACAUCGCAGGGCCCACGACUCGACCGACCAAUGGCAGGAAAGCGUUCGGCUCCCACCUCGUGUCAACACAGAUAUCAUGUCAGACUAUUUGGACUUCAUGUCCGAUACAAUGGAUAAUCUGAGUCUUGCUGGUGAGCCCGAUAUUGAUACAACCCACUCAACGCCAAGACGGCAAGAAAGAGGCUCGAAUAAUACAGACACGCCUUCACAAACUCGACUUUCGAUACCGCAAGAAACGGUUGGCCCUCCACCUCUUUCCGAGGCAGAUACCAUUGCGAGAUAUUUGGAAUUCAUCUCGGAUACCAUGGAUAACCUGAGUCUUUCUGGUGAGCCCGCCGUCGAGACGGACGACGUAGCUGGUAGCUGGGAUCGCAGAGGUUCGGAUACGGACACACCCUCGACAUCUCAGCUUCCGGCAUCCCAACUGGCUUCAUCUACAUCUGCGGAUGGCGAAGACAUACUCGCCACCGAGACCGAAGCAGAGUCCGAUAGCGGUCGAAGGAAUGGUAUUCCGCUCUCUCUAGCCGGGUUGAGAUCUACGUCAUUUUCGACCCGCGGAUCGUGA